AUGGACCAAGGCAAUGCGUUCCCAUCUUGUGACGUGGACCAUGACCCUCGAGAGCUGCAGCAUCCCACAGCAUCUCUGCGACUGCAGGGAACCGUGCUGGUGGGAGCUGUUGGGGAAGGGGUGAGCUGUUUUGGCUACCCCUUGAGCAUCUUCUUCAUCGUCGUCAAUGAGUUCUGCGAGCGGUUCUCCUACUAUGGCAUGCGAGCGGUGCUUGUUUUGUAUUUCAAAUAUUUUCUGCAAUGGGAUGACAACUUGUCUACAGCCAUCUACCACACGUUUGUUGCUCUGUGCUACUUGACACCGAUCCUCGGAGCGCUCAUUGCGGACUCUUGGCUGGGAAAAUUUAAGACCAUUGUCUCCCUAUCGAUUGUCUAUACGAUUGGGCAGGCAGUCAUGUCUGUGAGCUCCAUAAAUGACCUGACGGAUCACAACCGGGAUGGCUUUCCUGAUAAUGUAUCGGUGCACAUUGCUCUGUCCAUGAUUGGCUUGAUCCUCAUUGCACUUGGUACUGGUGGGAUCAAACCUUGUGUGUCAGCGUUUGGUGGAGAUCAGUUUGAAGAUGAUCAGGAAAAACAAAGAAGUAGAUUCUUCUCCAUCUUUUAUUUGUCCAUUAAUGCUGGAAGUCUCCUAUCUACUAUAAUCACCCCAAUUCUCAGAGCUCAAGAGUGCGGCAUUCACAGCAAACAGCGAUGUUACCCACUAGCUUUUGGAGUUCCUGCUGCCCUCAUGGCUGUCUCCUUGGUUGUGUUUGUAGUUGGAAGUGGAAUGUACAAGAAAGUUCAACCUCAAGGAAAUAUAAUGAUUCAAGUUUCCAAAUGCAUUGGAUUUGCCAUCAAAAACAGGUUUCGGCAUCGCAGCAAGCAGUUCCCCAAGAGAGAGCACUGGCUAGAUUGGGCGAGCGAGAAGUAUGAUAAACGACUGAUUGCUCAGACUAAGAUGGUGUUGAAGGUGCUUUUCCUUUACAUCCCUCUUCCCAUGUUCUGGGCACUUUUUGACCAGCAGGGGUCAAGAUGGACACUGCAAGCCACGACAAUGGAUGGGAAUUUUGGAGCUAUUCAGAUUCAGCCAGACCAAAUGCAGACUGUGAAUCCAAUCCUGAUUAUUAUAAUGGUCCCAGUUGUAGAUGCUGUGAUUUAUCCUUUAAUCAAGAAAUGCAAGAUCAAUUUUACGCCCCUGAGGAAGAUCACUGUCGGUAUGUUCCUUGCAUCUUUGGCUUUUGUUGCUGCUGCCCUUGUGCAAGUGCAGAUAGAUAAAACUCUUCCAGUUUUCCCUGCAGCUGGGCAAUCCCAAAUAAAAAUUAUAAAUCUAGGUACUAAUAAUGCAACAGUUGGGUUUGAAUCUCAACUUAACAGUGUGAAUGUAAUGUCUAUGGAAUGGACGGACUACAUGACAUUUGAGACUUCUCAGUUGCGAUCAUUAACCAUAACUUAUGGAAAUAUACCUAUAACGAAACCUGUCACGUUGUCAGAGAAAAGCCGUUACACUCUUGGAAUUAAAAAUAACAUGGUGGACGUUGCUGCUGAAUUGCUGUCUGAUGAGGUCACAUCAAAACCAGAAGAAGGGAAUAAUCUCAUCAGGUUCAUAAACAAUUUGCCUGAUGAUAUCAAUGUCACUAUGGGUGGCACUUAUUUUGGAAUACUGAAGCCUCUUUCUGCCAGUAAUUAUAGCCUCUUUCCAGGAGGAAGAAAAGAUGAGAUUAUGGCUUUUAAAAAUUCAGUCCCCUGUUCAAUUACUUCAAAGGCAUUUGGAUUUGGCAGUGCCAAUACGAUUGUAAUUAAUGGGUGUUCUGGAGACGUUCUUGAUGUAUUGUAUUCUGAAGAUAUCCCACCCAAUACAGUCCAUAUGGCUUGGCAGAUCCCUCAGUAUUUUAUUCUUACAUGUGCAGAAGUAGUUUUCUCUGUCACUGGGCUGGAGUUUUCAUACUCACAGGCCCCAUCUAAUAUGAAGGCAGUGCUGCAGGCAGGAUGGUUGCUGACGGUGGCUGUCGGUAAUAUAAUUGUCCUUAUCGUGGCUGGAGCAUCCAAACUCAGCCAGCAGUGGGCAGAGUACGUGCUGUUUGCUGCUUUGCUGUUGGCAGUUUGCAUCAUUUUUGCUGUCAUGGCUUAUUUUUAUACCUAUAUUGAUCCAAACGAGAUUGAAGCCCAACUUGACGAGGAAGAAAAGAAAAAAGUCAAAAAGGAUCAAGAUGUCUAUGAAAAGCAAGUUGAAGAGGACUCUCGGAUGUAA